AUGGAACAGCAGAACAUCACCGAUGUCGAGCGCGCCUACGGAUGUGGCAGCUGUGGCGGCGGCUUCGUCUCGCUUGUGGCCCCCGUCGUCCCGCUCGAAUCCCAGCCCACGGGACCCAUCGACGUCAACCAGGCUUUCUCGUCGGUGUGGCUCGGCUCCGCCCAGAACAUCCCCGCCCCGAACCUCGCCGCCGGCCCCGUCGUUGUGACCACCGGCAAGUACAUGGUGGCCUUUGCCUCGCAGUACGAAGUCGGCGCCGCCGUCACCUUUGCCGCGUCGGGCGCCAACAACGCCCGCCAGCGCUCCAUCCAGAUCAUUCUCAAGCGCGGCACCAACACCUACGUCAUCGCGCAGGACACCAAGCAGCCGUCGGCCAACUCGGCGAUCCCCACGGUCCUCUACGCGCAGACCCUCGGCAACUUCAUCGCCGGUGACGAGAUCUGGGUGCAGGCCUCGCAGACCAGCACCGUCGCCCUCCCGCUGGCCGUCGGCGUGGCCACCAAGUUCCACGUUCAGCCCCGUAACGGAGCCUCCACUGCCUAA